AUGAUUACCAUCGCCGUCCCUUCAGUACCCCGGAUUUUCAUCGCAGCCGCACAGGGGAUAUGUGGAUAUUGGAGACCGCUACCUUCCUAUUCGAUGGAUGUUGGGCUUGCCAAGAGAGUUUUCCACGACGGAUCCAACCAGCGUUUCAACGAAUAA